UCAGCCAGGUGCUGCGCUAGGCAAGGCUGCUCCGGGAAAGCCACGGGAGGGGGGAGGGAGCCACGGCCGUAGACACAGGAGAGAAGAGAACCAGAGAAGGCGAAGGUGGAGAGGGGGGAGAAGGAGGAGCUUCCUGCCCUCUCCAGCAAAUUACCUGGCCACUUAAUCCCAGAGACUCCGGUACUUGGGCCCCAGGCUCUGGUGCCAGCAGCCCCCCGGCCGGCCGCCCUCUCCUGCCCCGCCCUUCCUGCCCCCACGAGCCCCCCGGGGCCUGCCUGUGUGCCGAGACUGGCAUGAUCAGCUGAACUUUGCGGGGUUAGUGCUUCUCUCUGGGUUCCCCUCAGCGGUGCGGAGGCGAGGGGAGCUCAGAGCGCCGGCUCGGGACGGACAGACAGGCAAACAGACGACCGCGCGGAGGCUCGCCUGAAGAGUCCCUGCACUCCCCACCCCCACCCGCCUAGCCUCCGGGACCAUGUCCAAACCUUCAGACCACAUCAAGCGACCCAUGAACGCCUUCAUGGUAUGGUCCCGAGGCCAGCGACGCAAGAUGGCCCAGGAAAACCCCAAGAUGCACAACUCAGAGAUCAGCAAACGCCUAGGCGCCGAAUGGAAGCUUCUGUCCGAGGCAGAGAAGAGGCCGUACAUCGAUGAGGCCAAGAGGCUACGUGCCCAGCACAUGAAGGAGCACCCAGACUACAAGUACCGGCCACGGCGCAAGCCCAAGAAUCUGCUCAAGAAGGACAGGUAUGUCUUCCCCCUGCCCUACCUGGGCGACACGGACCCGCUCAAGGCGGCCGGCCUGCCCGUGGGGGCCUCCGACGGCCUCCUGAGCGCGCCCGAGAAAGCCCGGGCCUUCUUGCCGCCCGCCUCGGCGCCCUACUCCCUGCUGGACCCCGCGCAGUUUAGCUCGAGCGCCAUUCAGAAGAUGGGUGAAGUGCCCCACACCUUGGCCACCAGCGCGCUGCCCUACGCGUCCACCCUGGGCUACCAGAACGGCGCCUUCGGCAGCCUGAGCUGCCCCAGCCAGCACACGCACACGCACCCGUCCCCUACCAACCCAGGCUACGUGGUGCCCUGUAACUGUACCGCCUGGUCUGCCUCCACCCUGCAGCCCCCCGUCGCCUACAUCCUCUUCCCGGGCAUGACCAAGACUGGCAUAGACCCUUAUUCGUCAGCCCACGCCACGGCCAUGUAACCCCCAACCGGGUCUGCCAGACGUGGAGGGCGGCCUGGAUGCGG